GUGAAAUCAAAAGCCGGUAUGCAAAGACAUCACAAGUAACGUUAUCCCUGAAGAAGGCUUCUCUCAUUUUUCCUCUGGUUAUUUGGAGGCAAACACUGCUCUCGUGGCACCAGCUGGCUGUCUAUCUCUGCAAACCUUUUUUUUUCCUUUGCUGCUGUGAAUCAGGAUAUACAGAGAAAUUUUCUGUAGCAGAGGGAAGCCGGCAGUUGGGCGUCUGUUAAUAGCCUGAAAGUAACUAAUGAGGAUGUGCAGUCGGAGCGAUUGAUUGAAUAGCUGCAGUCCUGUGUGCUUCUUGCUCGUUCGCUUGCUCUCUGCAAGCCCUGGAAAGGGAGGGGGAACCCAGAGACCCGGCGUUCUCUUAAGUGGAAGUAGCACGGAUCCCCAGGGCCAGGCGGCCAGAAAUGGAAGUUUAAGCUGCAUCUGUCUCUUGAAAGGAAAACGGCAGGAGUCAAAAUGUCACUGUCUGGAGUCACGGCUUACUCCUUUUCUUUAAGAUUCAGAAGAUAACAAUGGACUUUCUGCUAGGAAGUGAUUUCUUUCUCUCCCCGUGUCGGGGGAUGUUUUGUGAGGCUGGAUUCCUUUAAGUCUGGCAAUUGAGCUGGAGAUGGGCAGCAGUUGUGACAAAGAGGUCCCAGCAGAGAGAUCUCCUCGCAGACGGAGCAUCUCCGGGACCAGCACCUCUGAGAAAACCAACUCCAUGGAUGCUUCAAAUACUUCUCCUUUCAAAGUGCCAGGCUUCUUUAGUAAACGUCUGAAAGGAUCCAUCAAGAGGACAAAGAGUCAGUCAAAGUUGGACAGGAACACGAGUUUCCGUCUCCCAUCUCUCCGCAACGCUGAUGACAGGUCACGUGGAUUGCCAAAGCUGAAAGAGUCCCGUUCGCAUGAGUCUUUACUGAGCCCAGGCAGCGCUGUGGAGGCUCUGGAUCUUGGGGCAGAAGAGCAAGUCUUUGUCAAACCACUUCACAGCAGUAUCCUUGGACAAGACUUCUGCUUUGAGGUAACCUACUCCAGUGGCAGUAAAUGCUUCAGUUGUUCCUCCGCAGCAGAGAGGGACAAGUGGAUGGAAAACCUACGCAGAACAGUGCAGCCGAAUAAGGACAACUGUCGUCGAGCUGAAAAUGUGCUCCGUCUCUGGAUCAUCGAGGCAAAGGACCUGGCCCCCAAGAAGAAGUACUUCUGUGAGCUGUGCCUUGAUGACACCCUCUUUGCCCGCACCACCAGCAAAACAAAAGCAGAUAACAUUUUCUGGGGAGAGCACUUUGAGUUCUACGGCCUCCCACCUCUGCACAGCAUCACGGUUCACAUCUACAAGGAUGUGGAGAAGAAGAAGAAAAAGGACAAGAAUAAUUACGUAGGCCUGGUCAACAUCCCCAUGGCCAGCGUCACCGGUCGCCAGUUUGUGGAAAAAUGGUACCCAGUCAGCACACCUACCCCCAACAAAGGGAAAGCAGGGGGACCCUCCAUUCGGAUAAAGUCCCGUUACCAGACCAUCACCAUCUUGCCCAUGGAGCAGUACAAGGAAUUUGCAGAGUUUGUUACCAGCAACUACACCAUGCUGUGUUCCGUGCUGGAGCCCGUGAUCAGCGUAAGGAACAAGGAGGAGAUGGCCUGUGCUUUGGUGCACAUCCUGCAGAGCACCGGGAGAGCCAAGGACUUCUUGACAGAUUUGGUGAUGUCUGAGGUGGAUCGCUGUGGGGAGCAUGAUGUCUUGAUCUUCAGGGAGAACACACUUGCUACCAAAGCUAUUGAGGAAUACCUCAAGUUGGUAGGGCAGAAGUACCUUCACGAUGCGCUAGGGGAGUUUAUCAAGGCUUUGUAUGAGUCAGAUGAAAACUGUGAAGUGGACCCCAGCAAAUGUUCAUCCAGUGAAUUAACAGAUCAUCAGAGCAACCUGAAAAUGUGUUGUGAGCUGGCCUUCUGCAAGAUUAUCAAUUCUUACUGCGUGUUCCCUCGUGAGCUGAAGGAGGUAUUUGCGUCUUGGAAGCAGCAGUGCCUGAGCAGGGGCAAGCAGGACAUCAGCGAGCGCCUGAUCAGUGCCUCCCUCUUCCUCCGCUUCCUGUGCCCUGCUAUCAUGUCCCCCAGCCUCUUCAGCCUGAUGCAGGAGUACCCUGACGACCGGACAUCUCGCACGCUGACGCUCAUUGCUAAAGUCAUUCAGAACCUCGCCAAUUUUGCUAAGUUUGGUAAUAAGGAAGAGUAUAUGGCCUUCAUGAAUGACUUUUUGGAACAUGAGUGGGGAGGAAUGAAGCGUUUUCUCCUGGAGAUCUCUAAUCCAGAUACCAUCUCAAACAUGCCUGGAUUUGAGGGCUACAUCGACCUGGGCCGAGAGCUCUCAGUUUUGCAUUCCCUCUUAUGGGAGGUUGUGUCCCAACUUGAUAAGGGUGAAAAUUCCUUCCUACAGGCGACCGUGGCAAAACUGGGACCUCUGCCUCGUAUUCUUGCCGACAUCACCAAAUCAUUGACCAACCCUACGCCAAUACAGCAGCAGCUGAGGCGUUUCACUGAGCACAGCUCUAGUCCAAACGUCAGUGGCAGUCUCUCCUCAGGGCUUCAGAAGAUAUUUGAGGACCCCACUGAUGGUGACUUUCAUAAGCUGAAGUCUCCAACACAGGAAAAUGGAGAUGGGUAUUUUAGGGGCAAGACCUUACUGUUGGUUCAGCAGGCAUCCACGCAGAGCAUGACUUACUCAGAUAAGGACGAAAGGGAAAGCAUUUUGCCCAAUGGAAGGAGCAUCUCUCUCAUGGACCUCCAGGAUCCUCACACAGCUCACAGUGACCAUGCUUCUAUAACGCACGACGUGCCUUUGCGCUUGGCCGGCAGCCAGCUCUCUAUUACGCAGGUGGCCAACAUCAAACAGCUGUGGGAAACUCAGAGCACACCCCAAAGUGCUCCCCAGGUGAGAAGGCCUCUGCACCCAGCUUUGAACCAACAGGGCAGCCUCCAGCCUCUGUCCUUCCAGAACCCAGUUUACCACCUCAACAACCCACCCCCAACCCUGCCCAAGGCCUCUGUGGACUCCAGCCUGGAGAAUCUGAGCACUGCCAGCUCCCGGAGCCAAAGCAACAGUGAAGACUUCAAGCUGAGCGGCCCCAGCAACAGCAGCAUGGAGGACUUCACCAAGCGCAGCACGCAGAGCGAGGACUUCUCCCGGCGCCACACGGUCCCGGACAAGCACGUCCCCAUCGCCCUGCCCCGCCAGAACAGCAGCAGCCAGGCACAGAUCCGCAAAAUGGAGCAGGCUGGGCUGGGCGCCAGGGCCAAGGCCCCGCAGUCGCUGCCGCACAGCGCGUCCCUGCGCAGCACGGGCAGCAUGUCGGCGGUGUCGGGGGCCAUGGUGACCGAGCCCCUGCAGAACGGCAGCCGCUCCCGCCAGCAGUCCUCGUCCUCCAGAGAGAGCCCUGUCCCCAAGGUGAGGGCCAUCCAGAGGCAACAGACACAGCAGGUUCAGUCGCCUGUGGACUCUGCCACAAUGUCCCCAGUGGAAAGGACGGCUGCGUGGGUUCUCAAUAACGGACAGUAUGAAGAAGUAGAGGAGGACGCAGAGCAGAACCCAGAUGAAGUCAAGCAUGCUGAGAAGUAUGAACAAGAGAUAGCAAAGCUGAAGGAGCGCCUGAAAGUGUCAAGUCGCCGGCUGGAGGAGUACGAGCGGCGGCUCCUGGUGCAGGAGCAGCAAAUGCAGAAGCUGCUGAUGGAGUACAAGUCUAGGCUGGAAGACAGUGAGGAGAGACUACGCAGGCAGCAGGAGGAGAAGGACAGCCAGAUGAAAAGCAUCAUCAGCAGACUCAUGGCAGUCGAAGAGGAGCUGAAGAAAGAUCACGCAGAGAUGCAAGCUGUCAUUGAUGCAAAGCAGAAAAUCAUCGAUGCACAGGUCAUAAAUGGGGAUGAGAUAAUUCCAACAGGAGAAGCGGAUCGUGUCCCUGGACUCUGCCAACACGCGGCUGAUGAGUGCCCUGACGCAGGUGAAGGAGCGCUACAGCAUGCAGGUCCGCAAUGGCAUCUCCCCCACCAACCCCACCAAGCUUUCCAUCACGGAGAAUGGUGAAUUCAAAAACAGCAGCUUCUAAGCAGGCAGGUGCUGCCGGCCGUCUCCCCGGGAGAAGGGCGAGAGGGGAGCAGAACUCGAGAGACCUUCCAGACAGCCCCCCCUUCCCCUUGACCAGGUUUACAUAAUGCUGCUAAGACAAAGGAAAAGAGAGAGAAGAACUUUGAAAGGUGGGCUUGAAGCUCCCCACUCCGGGCCAGGAGAGCCAGGCUCCCAAGAACAAGUCCUUCCAUAUCACUGUGUAAAUAAAGGGAGCUGUGGGGCCGUGUACAGAAGACGCCGCUGUAAUAUACCCAAAGGAAGUGAAGACUGUAGAUUUUUUUAAUUAUUGCUAUUUUUAUUAUUUUUGUUUUCCUCUUGUUGAAAGCACUGCAGUCCUUGGAGGAGGAAGAGGGGAGUGUGAGUGCAUGUGUGUGGUGGGUGUGAGUGAGAUGAGCAGUGGGUUCCAUUAGGCAGCAGCUGUCUCUAUCAGGCUGGCUGACAGGUGAGUGGAGUGAAAUAGGAGUGGAAUGAAUUCUGUGAGAAAACUCCUCUGCUGGGUUUAUUCCCC